GUGAGAUCUCUAGUGUGGCUAUAUCGGAAACCAGAGUGAAAUCGAAUCGAGAGAGAUGGGUGGAGGACAUGGACAUGGACAUGGCGGAACAACCUACAAAGGCGUAACUAUUCAUCAACCUAAGCGUUGGCACACUGUCACCGGCAAAGGCUUGUGUGCUGUCAUGUGGUUUUGGGUCAUGUACAGGGCAAAACAAGAUGCUCCUGUAGUAUUGGGCUGGAGGCAUCCUUGGGAGGGUCAUGGUGAUCAUGGAGACGAGCAUUAAUUUUCUUAGGCUUCAGCUGCAAAAUCUGGAACAUCAGAACUUGAAGGAUCUGUGUUCGUGAAUGUGUUAAUCAAAUGUUUACUUUUGUUUCAUUCAAUAAAUUGACUAUAAAAGAAGAGAUAUUUUUUUGCAUAAUUCUAUGAACAUAGCUAUGUUUGAGCAUCUUACUUGUUAACAUGGAUGAAGCUUUAUAGUCGUUAUUUAGAUAAUUUAUUCAUGUUUCUUGUGAGAAUUUUAUGUUAAUAUAUCGAGUUUGUGUCAACUUUGACAA